GGGAAAUGUAGUCACCUCCUCCUCCUCCUCCUCUUCUUCUCCCGCUUGGUACUUCGUGAUCCACCACGCUGCGUCUGGUGAUGGCAGGAGGUGGCUCUGUGCGAAACUGCCUCAGCCCCUUGUUCCAGCUUAGCCACCAUCCGUUUCGCUGCAACAGAGGUUUGCUCUUUACCUUCAGCACUGCUGCUCAGCAAAGGAGCACAGGGGAUGACUGUGGACCCGAAGAGCCCCCUGAUGAACCUAGGCAUCUCCUGAAUGAGAACAGUUCAGAUCACAAAGCUAUCAAACUGGAAGAACAAGUCCGUGUCUUAACAGAAAGAUACCAGAGGGCCCUGACAGAUUCUGAAAAUGUCAGACGGAGAACGCAAAAAUUUGUAGAAGAUGCUAAGUUGUUUGGGAUUCAGAGUUUCUGUAGAGACUUGGUAGAGGUAGCAGAUAUCCUGGAGAGGACCACUGAGACUGCUGUGGGAGAAGAACAGUAUGACUCAACUUUGACUCUGAAGAGGAUCUGUGAAGGCCUAUCUCUCAUAGACUCCAAACUGCAAAGCAUAUUUGCUAAGCAUGGCCUGCAAAAAAUGAAUCCCAUUGGUGGCAAAUACAACCCUUACGAUCAUGAAAUAGUAUGCCAUGUGCCAGCAGAGGACAUGCAGCCAGGCACUGUGGCAUUAGUGACUCUGGAUGGCUAUAAACUCCUUGGCCGCACUAUCAGACAUGCACAUGUAGGUGUGGCAGUAGAAUCACAGGAAUGUGAUGAGCAUGCCCAUUAGAAUUUUAAUGAACUGAUUUAGCUGACCACAUUAUUGCUGCUACAGCAUGUCUUAUCUUUUUUAUUUAUUAAGACAGCAUUAUGUUCUGGCCUCUCAGGAUGAGUACAGUUGUCUGGCCUUGACUUCCAAGAUGUAAAGUUAUUUAAUGUUGCUUUGCUGUGUUGUAAAUAUUUCCAGCUGUUUCUCAAAGGUGAGUAGCUGUAUGACCUUUUCUGUUAUUGGUUUCAGGUCUUCAUUAAAUAUUGCAAUGGGUUGGAGGGGGGAAUUUAUUCCAGGGAGUAAUCUGGAGCCUAGAAAUGGCUGUGUCUGAAUGAUUGCUGCUUUCCCUGACAUUUUGGACAAGCUGCUUUAACCUUGGCUUUACUGUAUUUGAAGUUGGAGUAUGAUACUUGCCUUCCUACUUAUGCUUUGAUUAUUUAACACUUUGAAGAUGGAAGUCUCUUUGAGUUCUGAGUAAUAUAUGCAGCAGAACAGAAAAAAUACUGGAAGAGCACAAAGGGGGGGGUGUUAUUUUGGGUGACAGUGAUCUUUGUCCCACUGAUUUCUGUAUACAAUUCCAUCCUAAAUGUAUUUUUCUAUGAAAAGUCCUAUUGAUUUGGAUUUAGUUAAGUUCUUUUCUUCCCUAUGCCAAUUCUGUCUGCAACAGACAGGAAAAAGCCAAUGAAAAACAGCUCUCUGGUGCAGCAGGGAAAUGACUUGACUAGCAAGCCAGAGGUUUCCAGUUUGAAUCCCCGCUGGUAUGUUUCCCAUACUAUGGGAGACACCUAUAUCAGGCAGCAGCAAUAUAGGAAAGAUGCUGAAAGGCAUCCUCAUACUGCGUGGAAGAUGGCAAUGGUAAACCCCUCCUGUAUUCUACCAAAGACAACCACAGGGCUCUGUGGUUACCAGGAGUCAACACUGACUUGACAACACACUUUACCUAUGUAUAUUGAGCAAUAAUAAAAGCUGACUUGAGUGUGUGAAAAGUAGCUUAUUCAAGUAACCACAGGAGUGUAGCAAUGGGGGCAGGUAGAGGCAGGGUUAGCUACUUGUCAGGAGGCCUUUACCGUACUCAUCCUGCUUUUGCUGCUGCCUGUCAUAAGUUCAUUACCUGUAUGGUUGAAGCUGGCAGGAACAGACUUGGGAGAGGGGUCAAAACGAAGUAGUAGAACAUGUGCUUUUUAUGCAGGUUUCAGGUUUGAUUCCAAGCAUCUCCAGUUAAAGGAUCUCUCGGAUAGCAGGGCUGGGAAGGACCUCUUCCUGAGUUCUUGCCUUUCUCACUCAGAGUAGACAAUACUGGGCUAGAUGGACUAUUUAGUCAACUAUUGGACCACUGUCCAUCUGUAGGAAAACUUCCUAAACUCUUUGUGUAGAUCUAGGCCUCUUGGCUUCAGAAUGUUCUGUCAAAUUUUUACCAUGGCUUUCAAGCACAAUUUGAUAUAUGGAUCAGUCCUGGAAGAAUCCUGGCUCCAAAUGGAAAGUACAGUCUUUCAUUAUAUUUGAGCUGUCAAGUAAUUGAUUGGCAAAUAAUCUUAUGAAAUCUCCUGAUUCAUAAAAUACAUGAUUAGAUAUCAAAUCUGCUUUUUCUAUUUGGUGUUUUUUUAAAAAGAUGAAAUACCUGAAUAAACAUCUGAAGUGUUCUUGAACUGCCUGCAAAAUAGUAGGGAAAACAUCUGGAUCAGUUGACUUCAUUUAACUAUAGAAACUGAUACAAUUGAGAUGGAAGAGGAGUGAAUGUUUGGUUCUGAAAAGUGAAUGUUGGUUUCUGUGUAGUAUGCAAGCUAAAAAUGUAUGGUCCUUAUUUCAAUUUUAUACAGUAUAUAGAUGGAAGUGAAGAUAUCCUGAUAUUUAGUAGUGUGAGGAAUCUUAGCUCAAUUUGAGAGACAAUGGAAAACACCCAACCUGUUCUUUGUUUCAUUUGAAGGCUAGGUGUAACUACAAAGAAAGGAAUCCUAGCGGGACAGGCUCAUCUCAGACUAAUGACAGUCACUUUUUCUUUUCCAAAGUAAAUUUGCCAUGGCAAAAUGAGCAGGCUGACUCAUUUUAGGCUGGUUAGACUCUCACCAGGCUAACUAGAUUCUGUCUUCUGAUGGUUCCAAUAACUUUCUUAGCUUCCAAGUUACUCAAGUUAGUUAUUUAUGAUGGUCCAGAGGCAUUUCAUUUUGACUCCCUGAACUACAGAAAUGAAAAAUCCAUCCCCACUGGUAUUUCUCCCCAGUUACUUUACCCCAUAAUUGACAUGUUGUUAUUAAUGUAGAGUGUGCUGGGAGGAACUGGAGCUUCAUAUGAUUGCUUAAGAAAUUUCUCAAGCAAGUGGACUAAAAUCAAAUGUCCAACAUUUGUCUGCAGCACCAAAUGGGAAUUACUCUUUGGUCCCUGAAUGAAUUCUCCUUGUAGUAAUAUAAGAGGUCUAGUGACCUCUUAUAUUUUAAUUUAAAAUAUGUUUUAAGAUUUGGGGUAUUUUUUAUUAGCAAGCACAAGGUGUUUUGAUAUCCCCUUUGCCAAGCAAAUGAGAAAAGUAUUUAUGCAAUGCAGUCCUAUAUAAAUUUACUCAGAAGUAACUCCUACAUUCAAUAGACUUUACUCCUAGGUAGGUGUGCAUAUGCAGCAUUAGUCUUCCAAAGUUCAAUUGCUUCAGAAGGCAGCUAGCCAUUUGCGUGUCUCAUAUAAAUUCAUACACUUGAAAUGCUGCUCUUAUUAACCCAAAGUUUCUUGCUUGAUGGGAGUGAGAGAGGAAACCUGUGUUGUAUAGACGUCACAUUGUCAAAGCUCCCUGCACUAUGCUCUUCCAAACAAAUCUGUCUGCUGAAACAUGUUUGGUGUGGAUGCCUUAUGAAUAGGAUAUCUUUAUGUCCACUGAGGGGGUUGGGGAUGGUGAUUUAUGGUGAUUUAUUUAUUGCUAUUUUUAAAUAGGCAGUAAUCUGGGGAGGAGGGGGAUUAAGUUACAUGGGUGCUUUGAUAUAGUCAAUGUGUGCUUUGAUAUAAUCAAUGUGUGCUUUUAUAUCUUUGCACAAACAAAUCAUGUAGUGUAUAUUCUGCUGGCUCAGUGAUAGUGGCCACUAUCCAAUAUUUUAUUUUCUUCAGUACUAAAUAAAGUGGAAUUCCCGUGCCAGA